GCAUGAUCUAUCUCACUCGAUAAAGAAGGAAGUAAUGACUGACCGAACAGCUUCAUAGCUUGAAAAAAUCCCACAGUUAUGAAGCUUUGGAAGGUCGAGAUUCAAGAGUUAGGUUUAUCUACUAUGUCAUCAAGCUCUACUGGAGAGAUAUUUUAUUCUUGUUUGCCUCAAGUCAGCUCUUGUUCUUCUCCCAAGUAUACGCCAUUUUUGUCUAAAGAUUCAUUGUAGUUUUCAGCUACAGCUCAUAAAGGACCAUCGCAAAGUUCUAGAAACGGUACGUUUACUGAUAUGUAUACCUAUAAUUUAUUGUUAAGAUUUCAAUCUUCUUUUUAA